UCUUCAUCCUUACCUAUACCAUCACAGAGGGGCCCCAAACAGUCCUUUGCCACAACAAGUCAACGUAACGAAGCAAAAGGGACUCCUCUGCCACGAGGGUUCAAAAUCUCACCAAGGGUCCAAGAACUAUUCACAUUUGGUCAUAUUCUUUAACACUGAAGAAUAAUAAAUAAUUUAAAAGUUCACCCAUAUUAACAGAGGCAAGAACAUACGCUUUGCUAUCGCUAAACUGCACCACGGAUAGACAGCUGGAAUUGAAAUUCUCCAAAAGACUCAAAGACUCACCUCGCAGAAGGUACAAUACAGCUUUAUCCUCUUACAGAUCUCCAAAAACAAGCCACUCCCCCAAAAAGCCACAACAACAAAACAAACAAACAAACAAACAAACAAACAAAACUGACAAGACAAAACAAAACCCUAGUCAAAAACCACAUCGAAGAAGAUUCAUAAGUACACUGUGUGGCAAGGUCUGUUUGUAGAUUCUCACAAAACACGCAAAAAAGCAGUGGCAACGGAUUUAUUUGAGCAUACCAAUCGCCAAUAAAAUCGUCGGAGACCAACAAGCGCCAUGAUUGACUUCCGGCGAGGCAGAGAGAGGGCAGUGUUGGUGGUUGGGAUUGCUGUUGUUUGCGUCACGGGGCUUACCAUACACUACUUAUAUCAACCGGUACCGCAACCUCUACGAAUGGAAGGGCGGCUGUAUGAGAGUCAUCUCGUUCAUCAGAUGGCAGAGGUGCUUAAGUCUGACCCAACGCUUCAGUUUAUCGACAUGGGCGCCAACAUCGGAGUCUACACAAUGUUCGCUGCAGCGUGUGGCAAGACCGUCCUGUCAGUGGAGAUGUUGCCGGCCAAUAUCCACCAGAUCCAGCACUCACUAGCGGAGAGUGGGCUCAGUAACCAGGUCACACUGGUCAACAACGCACUCUUCAGUGACCACCGCUCACUCACAGCUAACUUCAUCAGCGGCAAUGUUGGAGCUACUCAUCUGAACGUGUCCAAGACAGAUUUUGCCAAGUACGGUAUGCAGGAAGACAAUAGCCAUACAGUCACCGUCAAAACCAUCUGCAUUGAUGAUCUCAUCCCCCUGCUCAAAUCGAGGAAAGUCCUCAUCAAGAUCGACAUUGAGAGAACGGAAGCCAAGGCACUGUCAUGCGCACACAAGUUCUUUGAUGAAGUCGACGUGAGAGCUAUCCAGAUGGAGUGGUUGGCAAAAUAAAUCAAAUGAUGAAGUCACCAGUAUCAACCAAUUCAUGCUUGAGCACGGCUUUAAAGCUUCCAAAAGUGGCUUGAAAUAUAUUCCAGAAAAUACAAAA